GGCGGCUCACGUGACUGUAAUGUGUGCGGCUGGCUGGAAUGGAGUGAAGAGGGAAGAGUCCAGGAAAACAUGGCUGCCACCAGGCUAAGGAACGACACAUUCAAUGACUACAGCUCCACGGACUCCAGCCCCGUCGAGGAAAACUCUCCAGCAACAAAUAACUUUCCCUCUAGAUCUGGGCACUAUGAACGCCUUGGGGAGCACAGUAGCAGCAGCACAACAUGGUUUCAGACAUUAAUACAUUUGCUCAAAGGAAAUAUUGGAACUGGACUGCUUGGGCUGCCAUUGGCUGUGAAGAAUGCCGGGAUUGUGCUUGGUCCUAUCAGUCUGGUGGUUAUGGGGAUAAUUGCUGUACACUGCAUGGACCUUCUGGUAAAGUGUGCAAGUCACAUCUGUCAGAGGAACCAGCGACAAUUUGUGGAUUAUGGAGAUGCUGUGAUGUAUGGAAUGGAGUAUGCCCCCAACCAUUGGCUAAGAACUAACUCCAUUUGGGGAAGGAGAGUGGUUGGCUUCUUCCUUAUUCUGACUCAGCUGGGUUUCUGCUGCGUUUACUUUGUGUUCCUGGCUGACAAUGUUAAACAGGUGGUAGAAGCUGCUAAUGCCACUACGAAUGACUGCAGUUCUAACGUGACAGUGGUACUGAGGGAUAGCAUGGACUCCAGACUGUACAUCUUGUCCUUCCUGCCAUUCCUCAUCCUUUUAGUCUUCAUCAAGAACCUGCGCUAUUUGUCAAUCUUCUCGCUGCUCGCAAACCUGGCCAUGUUAGGGAGUGUUGUCAUGAUCUACCAAUAUAUUGGAAGGGAUAUUCCAGACCCCACUCAUCUUUCCUAUGCUGCCAGCUGGAAAACCUACCCCCUCUUCUUCGGGACUGCUAUCUUUGCUUUUGAGGGGAUUGGAGUGAUCCUGCCCCUGGAAAAUAAGAUGAAGAUCCCCCAUCAGUUCCCUAUUGUGUUGUAUGUUGGCAUGGGUAUUGUCACCGCUCUCUACAUCAGCAUGGGCACCCUUGGGUACUUGCGUUUUGGUUCUGCAAUACAGGCCAGCAUAACUCUGAAUUUACCAAAUUGCUGGCUGUACCAAUCUGUGAAGCUGCUUUAUUGCUUCGGGAUCUUUAUCACAUUUGCAUUACAGUUCUACGUCGCUGCAGAAAUUAUAGUUCCUAGUGCCACCUUCAGGGUGUCUGACCGGUGGAAACAACUGGUGGACCUGAGUGUAAGAGCGGCUCUAGUUUGUAUAACAUGUGUUCUGGCCAUCCUCAUUCCUCGCUUGGACAUUGUUAUCUCACUGGUGGGAUCUGUAAGUAGCAGUGCUCUGGCUCUCAUAAUCCCACCUCUUCUAGAGAUCCUCACGUAUUACUCUGAAGGUCUCAGCCGCUGGACCAUAGCCAAGGACAUUUUCAUCAGCCUGGUGGGCUUUCUGGGAUUUUUAUUUGGAACCUACGUGACCUUGUGGGAGCUGGUAGCACCAGAAUCUCAUCCAGAUCAUGUUAAUGCCACUAUGUAUUUAGUUCAGUAAACACCAAUGU